UUACGGCUCACUUAAUGCAACAUAUCGCACCCUGGGUCGGCGACUUCCGCAGUUGUCACGUCCUUCAAAGCUUCAAUUCCGUUCACAGCAUCCCCCCGACCACGAUUCGCUCCGCACUCACCUUUCCAUUUAACUAAAGCAAAGUCUGAUAAUCUGUAGAACUUCUACUCUGCAAAUCACAAUACGGUGUAAUGUCGCUCCAGCACUUUGGCAAGGGUGCCCUCCGCGUCGCCAAAAAUUACACCAAGGGUUACUCAGACACGCAGGCAAAAGUCCGGGAUGCAACAUCUAAUGAUCCAUGGGGGCCAUCAGGAACUCAGAUGAAUGAGAUCGCUCAGUUGUCAUACAAUCAGAAUGAUUUCGUCGAAAUCAUGGAAAUGCUUGAUAAAAGGUUGAAUGAUAAAGGCAAGAAUUGGCGACAUGUAUUCAAGUCACUCACCGUGCUGGACUACCUCCUACACGCUGGUUCUGAAAAUGUUGUCCUAUAUUUCCGUGAUAAUUUAUACAUCAUAAAAACGCUCAAGGAAUUUCAAUAUGUGGAUGAAGAUGCGAAAGAUUGUGGUGCCAAUGUCCGGCAGAAGGCCAAAGAUAUCUCCAACCUUCUCAGUGAUCCAGCACGUCUACAGGAGGAGCGCCGGACUAGGGCAAGCAUGCGCGACCGAAUGAUCAGAGGGCAAAGCAAUGGUUACGGAGAAGACGAGGUUGAAGAUGGUGGGAGGAGGAGCUAUGCACCUCCUCCUGGAACGCCCCCACGGAAGGCCAACCGUGGCGCCGAUCGCGAUGAAGACGAGCUCCGUAAGGCGAUCGAAGCAUCAAAAAAGACUCUUGCGGAGGAACAGGGCCGGAAAGCUGAGGAGCAAGAUCUUGCCACAGCAAUACGAUUAAGUGAGGAAGAGGAGGCGAAAAGACAUAAGGCCGUUGAAGACUCAAAUGCUCAUGCGUUAUUCGAUGACCAAGCGCAAAUAUGCAACCGCAAGUACACUGUUCAGCCUCAAUACACGAUGCAGCCACAGUUUACAUCAUUUAACCCAUAUCAACAGCAAGCACAACAGGAAGCAAUGCAGGCAGAGUAUUUGAGGCAACAACAAGAAUGGCUUCAUCAACAGCAGGAAGCUCAGGCUCAGGCUCAAGCUCAAGCUCAACAAGCGGCGCAAGAGGAGUGGUUCCGACAACAGCAACAACUUCAAGCUCAACAACAGCAGCAGCAGCAAGCCUUAUUUGCGCAACCGACUGGAUUCGGUUCUAAUAAUCCCUUCGCUCCUGCUACUUCGCCUAUCCCAGUAUCAUCAGGGACGCCAGUCAAUGGCACCUCUGGACCGUCGUUUAAUCUUCAAGGAACCUAUUCCAACUCGAAUACACCUUCUUAUAACUCUUCACCUGUGCCCUCACAAGUAUCAUCACCUUCCCCAAGUGUCAGCACAUCCACGGGUACAGGUGCGGGUCGUGGUGGUCCCAGUCGGGCAGACCAAGAGCACUCGCAUCUUGCCAGUCUAUUUGCCAACCGUGACGAUGGUCAAGAUACAUUCGGAAAUGUCGGCGCGCUGCGCUACGGGCACACGCAAGCGGGUCUGCUGGCAGCACAGAAGACAGGAUUUGGGACCCAAAAUAAUCCCUUCCAUUUGCAGCAGCAGCAACAGGGUCAGAAUGCAGAGCAGCCGUUUUUUCUCCAUCUGAGGAGAUAGGCGGAUGGGUAGACAGUGUAAUGUUGAUUUAUCGCUGGAUGAUGACUUGGAUUAUGAAUUUCCGUUUGUCCCUACGUGUCUCGGAUUUCUGUUGUUGUAUUUAUUACGUCUUUUCUUUACUUCCUGUGGAAUCUUCCGAUACCAAAUUUUACACUUCUGACUUUGUGCUCA